AAGACUGCUUCAUCAAAGACAGGGCUCGCCUAGUUGUUAUCAACCCAGUUGUGAAAUGGUUAGUCAUGGAUAAGAUUAGCUGGAGUGGCCAAACUGAUAACAGACACAGUUGACUUUAGAAUUCCGCCUUUGCCACAUAAAGAUGGUGCAACUAGGGUCAUUCUUGGGCGUGAUGCCAGUGAGGCGAGGGUCCCUCAUCAUCUCACUUCUGUCUAUAGUAUUAUACAUAGCUCUCUUCAUCGUUUAUAUUGUCAUAUACAAUAAGAAGGAAAUAGAUGCAGACAAAUAUACAGCUUUCGAUGUUUGGAUGAUCCUAGCCAUGAUCACACAUGUCAUCAAGGUUUUGAUGGGUGGUUUGUUGUUCUUCGCAGUCCAACAGGAGAUCCCGGGACUACUAAUGCUCUGGUCCUUUGGCUUCUUCGGAACAUCUGUGAUUGGGGUUGUGUUUGACAUUGCCCUAAUUAUCCUGUGGAGCUGGUGGAUGAUUGUUCCUAUCAUCAUUGCAGUGGUCUAUCUUUACUUUGAGAUUGUUACAUUCAGUUACUACAAAGAACUUUCGGGUACAUCCUUCAACACGUAAGGACAAGUAAUACUCUUCAAGCAAGAGCAAGACUUCAUUGAUACUGCCAAUCAAUAAAUAUUUGUAAAACUGUUACCAGAUUAAUUUGGUAAUACAUAAAAACGUUUUUAUAUGCCAGGUAUAUGUAAUAUUAAUUUUUUCAACAAAUAUUUUUUUUAUUUCAAUAUAUUAUCACCUUGUAAAAAAUCAUAAAACAUUUAAUUGAAUAAUAUUUCAUAAGCGUUAAGAGUAAAAAAUAAUUCAACUGUAAUUUGUACAAGAACGCUUUCUAUACGUAAUUGCAUUUAUAGAAAUGUUUCAGUUUAAUUUUAUUCUUCAGAGUGUGGUGUAUUUGUGUUAGUGUGUAUAAAAAAAUUUAAAAUGUAGAUAAAACCAGAGCUGUAGUUAUUUUUUAUUGAAUUUAGGAAAGGCUUAAUUUUGAUUACACAUACAAAAUUUUAAGAUAGAAAAAUAGAUAUAUUUUAUCCGAAUAAGUCAUCAGAAUUGUUGAUUUAUAAUGAAAGAGUGUAUUUAUAUUUUAUAAUAGAGUGAAUAUGUGAAAAAAAAACAAUAAAUACAUUU